GUAUGGUGUUUGGGUACAAGGCUUGAGACACGGGAAGGUGCGGAGCGAGAGAGGGAGAGACAUAGGAUGAGCGAGCAUGAUCUGCGAUUUAGGGUUUUGAUAUUCCCUGAUGUAUUAAGGGGGCGAGUGUGAGAGAUUUAGAGAGAGAGGGGUGAGAACGCUGAGUGCUGUGCUGAGACCUGAGAGAUACCCAAAGAGGAGGUGGAGAGAGUUUAUUUGUUUUUUUAUUUUAUUUUGAAGUUUUAGGGAUUUCAUCCUCUACGGCUUUCGAUUCCUUUGCAUUGAGCCUUAUUGAAGUUUCCAAUGGAGCAGCGAAAGCUUGUGGUUUUGGGCAUCCCGUGGGACGUUGAUACCGAAGGCUUGAAAGAAUAUAUGAGCAAGUUUGGUGAUCUGGAAGAUUGUAUUGUUAUGAGGGAACGUUCAACUGGCCGGUCUCGUGGUUUUGGAUAUGUUACAUUUACAUCAGUGGAGGAUGCUAAGAAUGUAUUAUCCAGUGAACACAUGCUUGGUAACAGGAUGCUUGAAGUCAAAGUGGCCACACCAAAGGAGGAGAUGAGGGCUCCAGUCAAAAAAGUUACUAGAAUCUUUGUGGCCAGAAUCCCACCAUCAGUAUCAGAAGCAACUUUUAGAAGUCAUUUUGAGAAAUAUGGUGAGAUAACAGAUUUAUACAUGCCAAAGGAUCAAGGAUCAAAAGCGCAUCGUGGAAUUGGUUUUAUCACUUUUGCAAGUGCAGAUUCUGUAGAGAAUUUGAUGACAGAAACCCAUGAACUGGGAGGUUCUGCUGUGGUGGUUGAUCGAGCAACACCUAAGGAAGAUGACUUCAAGCCAAUUGGCAGAAUGUCACACGGAGGAUAUGGUGCAUACAAUGCAUAUAUUUCUGCAACAACUAGAUAUGCAGCACUUGGUGCUCCUACUUUGUAUGACCAUCCUGGUUCAAUUUAUGGAAGGGGAGAACCUGCUCGUGGAAUGGGCAAAAAGAUUUUUGUUGGUCGUCUUCCCCAGGAGGCAACCAGUGAAGAUCUUCGCCAGUAUUUUGGAAGAUUUGGUCGUAUAUUAGAUGUUUAUGUUCCCAGGGAUGCUAAGAGAUCAGGUCAUAGAGGAUUUGGGUUUGUGACUUUUGCUGAAGAUGGUGUGGCAGAUCGUGUCUCUCGAAGGUCUCAUGAGAUAUGCGGACAUCAGGUGGCCAUAGAUUCAGCCACACCUCUUGAUGAUGCAGGGCCCAGUGGGAAUUUUAUGUUGAAUAGCAUGGAUUCUUUUGGGGGAUUUGGCGGUCCUGUUCGAACUUAUGGGAGGAUGUAUGGUAGCCUAGACUUUGAUGAUUGGGGUUAUGGAAUUCCCAGUGGGAGACCAUCAAGGGCAGAUUGGAGGUAUAGACCAUACUAGGAGAUCACGGUUUUAUUGGCGACAUUGCAUUCCAAAUACUAGUAUGGUUGCCAGGAGCUGAUGUGCAGGUCUUCUGUUAAGAAUGAUUUUAAUUUGUUUUCAGCACUAUGAAUUGUAUUUUACUUAAUCUUUUGUAAACCAGACAAAUACUUAUUUUUCCUGAACGUUUGAUCUUGUGUCCAGUUUUAGUACAGAUGAUGAAAAUAAACCGCCGUUUCUUGUAAAUCUUUGAAGUUAUAUCAACAUCAAAAUUUUAUUGGGUUCGGGAUCGAU